GGGGCGCGGCGGGGCCGGGCGGUGACUCAGCGCCUCCUCAGCCUAUAAAAGGCGGGAGGCGGGCGAGCAGCGGCAGCGCGCUCGGCACGAGGGGCAGGCGGCGGUUAGGCGCGAGGCCGCGGGCAGGUGCCGCUGAGCGAGAGCCGGGCGGGCAGAGCAGGCAGGCAGGGCAGGAGAGGGGAGCCAUGUGGACCAACCUGCGGCUGUUGUGCGCUGUGGCGGCGCUGCUCUGCGCCGCGGCGCUCGGUCCGCACCGUGCCCGGGGCGCAGCGCCCGCCGUGUCUCCUACGGGCGGGCCCGAUGGGUACGGGAUGAAGCUGUGCGGGCGGGAGUUCAUCCGCGCCGUCAUCUUCACCUGCGGCGGGUCCCGCUGGAAGCGCCUAUCCGCGUUGGCCAUGGAGCCGACGCCCGCGACCGAUUCUGCACAGCCAGCAAGUAACAAACUACUGGGAAACUUGAAGCUGCAAUCAAUUUUGGGUCCUGAAGUGGAGCAGCCACAGAGAAGCAGCCAAACUCUUGGAUGGGAGAUGAUUAAUGACUUGUAUAAUUUGAAUGACAAUAAUGAGAAUGUACCUGUGGCAGAUGACUUUAAAGAAUUUGUUCGCCAGGUAGAGGAGGCUGUUAAGAAAGAGAGGGGGGGAACAGGAAUUGCAAACCCCAUGGGGUCAAACAAUUACCUUUGGGCCAGGUAUCCCAGAAGAAAACGUGAAUCUCUGGGUUUGGCAGGAAUAUGUUGCAAAUGGGGCUGUACAAAAGCUGAAAUUAGUGCCAUAUGCAGAGUUUAAAAUCCUCUCUCCAUUUACGCAUGAAAUCAAUGUUUAUUGCAGUAUUACUUGAUUGAAUAAUGUACGGAGGAAAAAAGCGCUUGCUGUAUUUUGUUUGUCUCUGUGUGCUUGUCAAUACUGCUGGCUUUCUUUAAAGAUAAAAAAAAAAUAAAUGUUCAAGUGUAAUUGUAGUGACUUUGGUUUGCUGCAGUAACUUUUAAUCUAUGUGUUUUACUAAGUCUUUUCAUUUUAAGGUUGAGCCUUUACACUUACUACAAAUAUAUCUCUGUAACAUUUUAGAAAGAACUUCAAUAUUUCAUUAAAUGGUAAUUAUACUCAA